AUGGAUUUUGACUCGGCUGAUGUUCCCCCUAUCCCUACGCGCGCCCACAAUCACCACGCUCAUUCUCGACGACGCUCUCUCCAAGGCCUCUCCUCGUCAAAGCGCAACUCCAGUCUUCCUCCCGCCAGUCCAGAAGUCAUCUCCAACCUCAUCACCAGCCUCAGCGUCAUCUCAAAGCCUGCGACAAACCACUUCGAAGCUCCUCCGACGAGCCUGUCACUACCCGCGAGUCCCGGGAACGGUAGCUUUGGUGUGGACUACGGAGCGUUUCAUCAGCCUAGCCUCGACGACCUGAGACAGGACCCCGUGUCACUCGACGAACUCGCCGCUUUACCUCCUGUCAUUCGCACUUCGAAACCUCCCAGCGGUUAUUCACCUUUGACAGCGACAAAGAGCCCCAGGAGUCCGAGAAGUCCAAGCCGCGAGGGUUCCGGUGGACUGCGAUCGUUUAUCCGAAAUAGUACAUCUCGACCAUCGUCAAAAGGAUCUUCAGCUGCGUCGAAGAACGAUGAUGCCCAGAGUAUAGGGAACCUUUCGAUCGAACGUCGUGGCGCCACGACUCCAGAAUUGAACCAUAAACAAUCGCACGAUAGUUGGGGCAGGAAAACAUCGAGGAGUCAAAAGGGCCUCAUGUACAUGAGUUCCAAGGAGCGUCUGCGGGAGAAGGAGGCCGAGAGGAAGAGAGUUUCUGGUGGAGUCUCGGCUUCAUCCUCUGGUGCUCUUGCUGGCGAAAGUGUUCACAGC